AUGGAUCCUCCCCCACCAAUGUCAUUCUCUGCACAGAUGAGAGCCGAUGCACAUAAGAUAAUUGAACAAGGCCAUCCGGAAUAUCUUGUACGCGAGGUUUCAUCAAUUUCCGCACGCAUGGUCGAGCACUUCACUGCGAUUCCAGAUUCAGCUCUAGAAACUCUUGAGGAUUAUCUCCACAAUCUAUGGUAUCAAACUAUUCUAGCAGGCAAGCAUAUCAGUGCUUCUUCUUAUAUGCAGGAUAGCCUUGUAUGCCAUCUUAUUGCCGUUAAGAAUCUCGGACCGAUACCGCUUCCAGCUGGCUGUACUGGCGGUAAUGUGUGCUCUGACGGCCGCACAUUCUUAUCUGACCUGCCCCUCUUUGGCCAAGAUCUUAUUAAAGAAUUUAUGAGCCACUUCUUUCAAAAGGGCGCUUAUACUCCUGAUCAGCAAGAGAAUCUCGCAGCACUCCUUGGGCGACUAGCUUCUGUCGGCAUCUAUGAUGGCCCUGCCCUCUGUAUACUGUCGCUAUUCCGGGAAACAUUAGAGGUCCCUCAAUCUCUUGUUGCAGAUCCCGAAAGUAAAGAAAUACCAUUGGUGGAUCUAAUGUGCGCUCUCACGCGUUUGAUCGAGCAAUCAAAAUUCAGCCUUGCCCUCUUGGCCAGCGGCCAUGCAUCAACCGCUACCGCCAAUCUCAGUGAUCAUUCGAACUUGUCUAGUCUUGGUGAACUGGCUAUUAAGGCUGGAAAUAUACCCUCGCUUGGCUAUAGCCGUCAGCGUUUGGAGUUUUGGCUACGGCGGAUUAAGGAAUUGUCCCAGAGUGAGGACGAGGAUGUUCAACUACAUGCUGAAAGCUGCGAGGGGGAACUGUUACAGCUUCUGCGGGAUGUUGGGGAGACGUAUGGUCUGGGGUCGGGGUAUUAG